GCUUGGUAUGUUUCCUGCGUGGGGAACACCAAAGACAGCUGAAGAUGAUGAUGGUUUCACGGAUUCGUGUGAGCCUCAACCUCACGUAUAAGUAGACGGCGAACGCCACUCGACUGCAAACAUCUCCCUCCAGCUCAUCACCCAGCCAGCAGCCUCAAGUCUUCCGUUCCGGUCAACGCCUCCACCCCAUCUUAGCUCUUCCCUUUCCUCGUGUGAAUCAACCCUCACCUCAACCCAACCAACCAACCACCAACCGCAACCAUGAAGUUCCUUACCCUCCUCAGUGCCGCCGGCCUCGCCACCGCCCUGCCCACCGCCCCGGCCACCGAGGUGAACAACAACGCCGCUCAGAUCGAGGCGCGCCAGCUCUCGUCGACGCGCAACGACCUCGAGAACGGCGACGCAUCCAACUGCCCCAGCGUCAUCCUCAUCUUUGCCCGCGCCUCCGGCGAGCCCGGCAACAUGGGCAUCUCCGCGGGCCCCAACGUCGCCUCCGCCCUCGAGCGUGACUUCCGCAACGACAUCUGGGUGCAAGGCGUCGGCGGCCCGUACAGCGCCGGCCUGGCCGAAAACUUCCUGCCCGCGGGCACCUCCCAAGGCGCCAUCGACGAGGCGAAGCGGCUGUUCACCAUGGCCAACACCAAGUGUCCCGACGCGGCCGUCGUGGCCGGCGGCUACAGCCAGGGCACGGCCGUCAUGUCCAACUCGGUCAGCGAGCUGUCGGGGGCCGUGCAGGAGCAGGUGAAGGGGGUCGUGCUGUUUGGGUAUACCAAGAACCUGCAGAAUGUGGGGCGCAUUCCGAACUACCCGCGGGACCGCACCGAGGUGUACUGCAAUGUGUCGGAUGCGGUGUGCUGGGGGACGCUGUUCAUUGCGCCGGCGCACUUUUUGUACACGACCGACUCGUCGAUUGCGGCGCCGCGGUUCUUGAAGAGCAAGAUCUAGGUUUGAGUGGUUGGUGGGAGGUGUGUGGUGGGAAAAGGGGUGGUCCGGAGGCUGGGACUCGGCCGUGGAGGGGGGUGGUGUUGGGGGUGGUUGAGGCUGCGCUGAGCGGGUCAUGAGUGAUGAGGAUAUGGGAUAGGGCUCGGGGCCCGUGUGUGUGUUCCCGGGAUGAUGACGGCGACGAAGACGGUUUUCUUUUUUAUCAAUGAGCUCAUUUCGUUCCUGGUUCAUGUAAAUAGUUGGCUUGCACUCUGAAUAAACUCACCCAUGGGAUAAACAAUGGUUGGAUAUUGAAGUGGCAUUGCUAUCCUUUGGGGGGUGUGGUGUGCUGCGGCCAAACCGAACCGUCCC